UUUUGUAAGUUUGUUUUGCUUACACAUUCUGUACAGACACAACGUGCACAGUCGAAUUAUAUUCAUAUUUAUUUCAAAACAAUUGUAUAAGGAAUACAAUGCCUUCAAAAGUGAAACCAAGACUUUCGCGCGGCUUGUUGGACAUGAAGUUCAUGCAACGCACCAAAGCGAAAGUAGCCAAAGAAGACGAUGACGAACAGAGCCGCGCAUUGUACUCCAAUGAGAUGAAUCAAAAGAUGCUCAAUAGUAAUUCCAAUUUUAUUAUCGAGCCAAGUUAUUCCAUUUGUGCAGGAUUGAUCGAUGGACGUCUUAGCUUCCGUGGUAUGAAUCCUGAACUGGAGCGCCUAAUGGAACUGGAGCAAGCCGAAAAACAAGGCAAUACGAGGCCAGAGCAGCCAACAGAAGUCAAUGAUCAGGAAAUGGCUGAGAUAUAUUAUGCAAAUCAAGCGCCAGCCGCAAGCAAAACGAUGAACAAAAAGUUCGUCACAAAAAACGAGUACAAGCGCAAAUCCAAUGACAAUCCCAAAUGGCAAAAGAAAGGACAAUUUAAGAAACCACGAGUAGAUGACGAGGUUUAAAUAAACACUAUAAGCAUAUUACAUAGUGACUUAACUCUAAAUAUUAAAUAAACUUGCUCAGCUGCAUUCAGAUGGCAUCUGUUUAACAGCUUGCAGCGCAUAGCAAAGCUGUGUGGAGUUGAUCCAGCGCCAAGUGUUGCGACAAAAAUCGUAGGUGCUGCCAUUGACGAGCACGGUUUGACAAUUCACUGCAAAGACAUUGGAUUAGUUAUUAUUUAAUUUUACGCUACAUCAUUUAUCUUUUUAAUUUGUAAAAUAGAUAAAUAUUUAUAGUAACUCUUUAUAGUAUAAAUUUCUUAUGUGAA